GAAAGCAACUUUGUUGAAGGCCUAGCUAGCGCUUCCCAGGACAGACUUGACGAAAGCUAGCACAUUGAUCCAUCUUCUUCUCCUCCCACUAAGCUGACAAACUGUUCGAUGGCGGCCGAGUCUUCCAUCGCCGAUCUCGUCGUGGUCGACGACCUGUACUUGAUAGCACUUUGCAACGGAAGAAACGAAGCCGACGCCGCCGGGCUGUUGGCGUUACCCGACGAGGAGUACGCCGCGGAGCUCCAGCUCCAAGAAGUGAUCAUGUCUUCCGCCAUGGCGGCCGCUGCGCUUGCGCUACUUCCUGAUAGGUGUGCUCGUCCUGACGCCACCAUCUAUGAGGCCACUGUCGCCGCGGGCGAGUGCUCCUCCUCUGCCUCGCUGAUCCCACCACCGCUUGCCCCAGCCACCGACGACCACGACCACGCAAUGGUGGCGACUCUACUUGAGUCCUUGCCCUUGUCAGUUGGGCCGUCCAUCCCCGCGACGUUCCUCUUCUGCAAGAUCUGCAUGGACGCCGUGCCACCAUCGGACGCGCACAGCGCCAGCAGCGGCUGCGGGCACACCUUCUGCGCCUCCUGCCUCGCGGGUUACAUCCGAGUCAAGAUCCAGGACAGGAUCGCCGACGUUAGGUGCCCUGAGGAUGGCUGCGGCAGCAUCCUUGACCCCGAGCUCUGCCAGUGCAUGCUCCCCGUUGAGGCCUUCGAGGCGUGGUGCGCCGUGAUGUGCGAGUCCAUGGUGCGCGGGGCCAACAAGGUGUACUGCCCCUUCAAGGACUGCUCAGCGAUGAUGGUGGACGACGUCGGUGGCGAUGUCGUGGAGUCGGAGUGUCCGAGCUGCAAGAGGCUCUUCUGUGCGCGGUGCGGCGUGACGUGGCACGCCGGUGUUGGCUGCGCCGAGUACGAGCAGCUGGCGGUGGGGGACAGGGGGAAGGAGGACUUGGUAGUGAUGGAGAUGGCCAUGGGGGAGAAGUGGAAGAGGUGCCCCCAGUGCAAGUUCUUGGUUCAGAAAUCCGACGGUUGCUUGCACAUCACUUGCAGGUGGUGUGUGGCUUCGAGUUCUGCUAUGGAUGUGGGGAGCAGUGGGGGGCGUCUCAUUCCUCGUGCGGCGCAGCGUGAGAUCGGUAAAUGUCGGCGGACGAUCGGAAGCACUGCAGCUAUAUAUAUAUAAUGAAUAUGCAUGCACACACAAGUUAUACAUAUAUAGACCGUUCGUUUGGUCUGUAAAUGUAAUAGUCAGUAGUAUCGUUUAAUCAUUGUACAAAGGUUUAUAUAUGUAGAGGUGAAGAACUGGUCUACGAGUCAUACGUAUGUUGUUAUAUUAGGUGAGUUCAUGAUAGAAUUUUGCUUCUAGUUUGGAUGUUGGCAAGAGUUCUACAUCAUUGUUGGCGGCAGGAGCAAAACUAUCAACCAGUAGCGGGAGGAUCGACAUGAUCACUUCUUGGAGCUGGAGUUCUGCGGUGUACUCCUCGUCUGGUAUCGCCAAGAGCCCGGCGGUGCUGGCUUCAUUUCUUCUGUUGCAGAGUGCUAUCAAGAACACGUCAUUGACGACCACGAGAUCAGCCAUGGAACACUCGGCCACCAUCGAUCAGUUUGUCAGUUUAGUGGAAGGAGAAGAAGAUGGAUCGAUGCGCUUUCGUCAAGUCUGUCAAGGGAAGCGCUAGCUAGGCCUUAAAAAAGCUGCUUUCUUCGUUUUGUCCAUGAGAUCGAAGAGGGUGGAUCUACCUACCUAUUUGAA